AUGGCGAUAGCGGAUACGCCGUCGGCCGCGCGGAGAUGCUCUUCAAGCACUGGUUGGCGGCCUGGUGCCAUUUGGCCCUAUUUGGACGGCACAGGACCAUCCCAGGGCCGCGUCUUGUGCAGUCGUGCAGGGAGCCCAUCAAGCUCAGGCGUUGUCAGGCCAAGCCCAGCCCACAUUUUGGGUUCUGAUCGGUGUGGUUUUGCAAGUGGUGGUGUUGCAGGUGCCGCAGAGGCGCAGAACGACAUCGACGUGCUGAAUCCGCCGCCGGAGGUGGAGAAGCUCAAUCACAAGAAGGAACUCCUCGUCCAGCCCUCCAGCUCCAUGGAUGUCAACUGCCAGCGCAGCUUGACCAUGUAUCCGUGUGUGACUGGCACUUCAGUCAUUGCCUUCAAAUACAAGGAUGGUGUCAUCAUGGCAUGUGACACUGGAGCCUCGUAUGGGUCUACUUUGAGAUACAAGAGUGUGGAACGCAUUAAGGCAGUUGGCAAGCAUAGCCUCAUUGGAGCAAGCGGAGAGUUCAGUGAUUUCCAGGAGAUUUUACGCUAUCUGGAUGAACUAACUUUGUCUGAUCAUAUGUGGGAUGAUGGAAACUCCUUGGGCCCCAAAGAGAUCCACAGUUAUUUGACAAGAGUAAUGUACAACAGACGCAACAAGUUUGAUCCUCUCUGGAAUUCACUUGUACUUGGUGGAGUCAAAAAGGGUCCAAAGGGUGAUGAGAAGUAUCUUGGCAUGGUUAACAUGAUUGGUACCCAUUUUGAGGAAAACUAUGUUGCUACUGGAUUUGGAAAUCAUCUGGCAAUCCCGAUACUUCGUGCUGAAUGGCAUGAAGAUAUUACUUUUGAAGAAGCUGUAAAGCUGGUUGAGAAGUGCUUGCUGGUCUUGCUGUACCGCGACAGGUCAUCUAUCAACAAGUUCCAGAUUGCCAAGAUCACAACUGAAGGACCAACCAUCCACCCACCGUACUCCCUGAAGGCGUACUGGGGCUUCUCCCACUUUGAAAACCCAGCCCAGGGCGCUGUAGGAUCAUGGUAG